AUGAGCCAACUACUCACGGCGCGGCAGGCCGAGGAGCUGCACAAGUCCAUCAUUGCCUACCUUGCCUCCGUGAAUCUGUCUCACAGUUCAGAAUCUCUGCGAGAGGAACUUGGGGAUUCGAUCACACUUGACGAUGCUACGAUUAAAAAGUACGAGGGGCUCUUGGAAAAGAAAUGGACGAGUGUCGUCCGGCUGCAGAAGAAGAUUAUGGACCUGGAGUCCAAAUGCGCCGCUCUUCAGUCUGAAUUAGACUCUGCAACACCGACUUCCCUUUCGCGGCGAAAUCAAGACCCUACGUCCUGGCUGCCUCGAGCUCCUCCCCGUCACACUUUAGAAUCCCACCGUCUACCAGUCAACUGUGUCGCCUUCCACCCGGUCUUCUCCUCUCUCGCUUCAGGCUCGGAAGAUACAACGAUUAAGAUCUGGGACUGGGAACUGGGUGAAUUGGAAAGGACAGUCAAGGGUCACACCAAAGCAGUACUCGAUGUCGACUACGGCGGUCCUCGGGGCGGUACGCUGCUGGCCUCGUGCUCAUCUGACCUUACAAUCAAGUUGUGGGAUCCAUCUGAUGAAUAUAAGAAUAUCCGAACACUACCAGGCCAUGACCACAGUGUCUCCGCUGUGAGAUUCAUUCCGUCCGGUGCAGCUGGCUCUCCCAUAUCGGGGAAUCUACUAGUUUCUGCUUCUCGAGAUAGAACACUACGGAUAUGGGAUGUGACUACAGGCUACUGUGUGAAAACACUGCAGGGUCAUGUAGACUGGGUUCGUGAUGUCGUGCCUACCAUUGAUGGACGCUUUCUCUUUUCUGCAGGAAACGAUCAAAUCCCUCGACUCUGGGAUGUAUCCUCGGGGGAAACAAAAGCCACCUUCCUCGGUCACGAGCAUGUUAUUGAAUGCGUUGCAUUUGCGCCUUCCACGAGCUAUCAACACCUCGCAUCUUUUGCUGGUUUGAAGAAGCCCCCACCGGCCUCCUCGUCGGCGGAGUUCGUUGCCACAGGUUCUCGUGACAAGACAAUUCGAUUGUGGGACUCUCGAGGUACACUGAUCAAAACGUUGGUGGGACAUGAUAAUUGGGUGCGCGGACUCGCCUUCCAUCCAGGCGGGAAAUACCUCCUGUCGGUUUCAGACGAUAAAACGCUUCGCUGCUGGGAUCUUACCCAGGAAUGCAAGUGUGUCCGGACCAUCUCAGAUGUCCAUGGUCACUUCGUCAGUAGUCUGCGAUGGGCCCCUUCAUUGAUCAAAGAUGGAGGUGCAAGUGGGGAGAAUGGUGCCAACGGGGCAUCGCCGUCCAACGGCGUUAGAGACGAUCCCAAGGCUCCAAGCAAAGUGUCUAUCAGAUGUGUCAUCGCCACAGGCAGCGUUGACUACAAUGUCCGGGUUUUUGCAUCUUGA